GCGGGUGGUGGCGGCGGCGCUGCCGGCAGCAUGGCCCGGCUGCUGGGCACCCUGCGCGGCUCCCAGCCCGUGGCGCGCUUCCAGCGCUGCUGCGGGCUCUUCCCCGCCGGCGAGGAGGGCGGCGGCGACCCCGCGGAGGGGCCCCGGGACCGCGGCGCCUGUAACGGCGCGGCCGCGCCGCGCCGCCUGGCAGCCCGUGGCCGCGGCCCCCCCGGCGGGUUGCGGAGCGGCUGCGGCCCGCAGGGUUGUACGCAGAAGUAUAUUGUGAAGAACUACUUCUACUACUACUUGUUCAAGUUUUCGGCUGCUUUGGGAGAAGAGAUUUUUUAUAUCACUUUCCUUCCAUUUAUUUACUGGAACAUUGACCACUCUGUGUCUAGGAGGAUGAUAAUUAUUUGGUCUAUUGUGAUGUACAUAGGCCAGGUCUCCAAGGACAUUCUGAAGUGGCCUCGGCCCCUCUCACCACCUGUUGUCAAGCUGGAAAUGAGGACGAAUGCGGAGUACGGGAUGCCUUCCACCCACGCCAUGGCAGCUACCGCCAUUUCCUUCUCCUUUCUCAUUGCGACCACAAACCAGUACAAGUAUCCAUUCGAACUAGGCCUGGUAGCAGCAUUUGUGUUUUCGACGCUGGUGUGCCUCAGCAGGCUCUACACGGGGAUGCACACAGUCCUGGACGUCAUCGGUGGAGCGCUGAUUUCGGCUGUGCUGCUCGUGCUCUUGUAUCCUGUGUGGGACGUGAUAGAUCACUUGCUGUUAACUAGUCCCUUCUGUCCACUGCUUUCCAUAGUCGUGCCUCUUGUCUUAUGUUACAACUACCCCAAACUAGACUACUACAGCCCUACCAGGGGAGACACCACUACUAUCUUAGGAGCAGGAGCUGGAGCAACAGUGGGAUUUUGGUUAAAUAACCGGUAUGCUGCUCCAGCCUACACCAGUGAAAAUUUUCAGCUUGGAUUUCCUCUGCUCACCGGUAAAAUAGUGGUGGUGGUGCUGGCCAGGUUCUUCGUAGGGAUUAUUAUUGUCUUGCUGACACGCCAGCUCAUGAAGAGUGUGGUCCUUGGCAUGCUGGGUUAUCGGUACAAGUUUCCCAUCCGUGACCUGGAAGCCCGGAGGCGACUAGAAGUUGAAGUGCCGUAUAAAUUUAUAACGUACUCCUCAGUUGGCUUCAGCGCGACCGUGGUUGUGCCAGUGCUGCACAAGAUGUUGGGACUGAUGUGAGCGCGGCACCUUCCUCACCAAGGGACCUGUGGCACCACCAGGUCAGAGAUGUGAUGAGUCGAUCAAGGCUGGUAACUUGAUCGAGAAGUGUUUUGUGCCUUUCUGCACUGGUGUGGUGGGUUGACCCUAGCUGGAUGCCAGGUGCCCACCAAUGCCACUUUAUUACUCCCCUCCUCAGCUGGACAGGGGAGAAAAAAUGUAGCAAAAGGCUCGUGGGUCGAAAUAAGGUCAGGGAGAGAUCACUCAGCAUUUACUGUCAUGGGCAAAACAGGCUCGACUUGGGGAAAAAUUAAUUUAUCACCAAUCAAAUCAGAGUAAGAUAGUGAGAAAUAAACCCAAAUCUUAGAAACACCUUCCCCCCACCCAUCCCUCCUUCCUGGGCACAAUUUCACUCCCAAAUUCUCUACCUCCUGCCCCCAGCAUUCAGGGGGAUGGGAAUGGGGGCUGCCGUCAAUCCAUCACAUGCUGUCUCUGCUGCUCCUUCCCCCUCAGCGGGAGGGUCCUCACACUGCCCCUGCUCCGGCCUAGGGUCCCUCUCAUGGGGCCACAGGUCCUGCCAGCAAACCUGCUUCAGCAUGGGCUUCCCAUGGGGUCACAGCCUCCUUUGGGCAUCCACCCCGGGCUGCAGGUGGGGAUCUGCCCCCCGCUGACCCCCAUGGGCUGGGGGCACAGCCUGCCUCGCCGUGGGCUCUGCCGCGGGCUGCUGGGGAAUGUCUGCUCCGGCUCCUGGAGCCCCCCCUGCCCUGCCCUGGGGGGCUGAGCUGUUGCUCCCACGUAUGCUCACUCCUCUGCGGUGGCAAUAGCUCUUGCACGGGGGUUUUGCCCCCCUGCUUGAACCCGUUAUCCCGGUGGCGCCUCCGCCAUGGCGGCUGGGUCGGCCUUGGCCAGCGGUGGGUCCGUCUGGGAGCUGGCAUUGGCUCUGUGGGCACGGGGGGGCUUCUGGCAGCUCCUCACAGAAGCCACCCCUGUAGCUUCCCCCGCUACCAUGACCUUGCUGUGCAAACCCAGUACGACUGGCCUGAGAUACCCCGUUUGUAGGGGUCACGGGAAUUGCUGCACGCAAACAUCCCUGGGUUAGAGAUCGCUGACCCCGCUGUGUCCCACAGUUAGAGACCCCUGGCCCAGGUGACUAAAGCUGCCAAGCACAGAGCGCAAAGCCAGGAUCCCAGCUGGAGCAGCAGCGGCGGCUGGCUCGCCAGGGGGUUGGGGUGCGGGGAAGCGUGGCUGUGCCCGUGGGACGCCGGCCCCGCGGGUCCCGCUGCCUGCCUGGGGGCUGCUCCUGCCGGGGCGGGAGGGCAAGCCGGGGAGGGGCUCGCUUUGGGGAGCGAGCGGCUGGUGGGGUGGGGAGAGAAGCGACCAGCCAAGAGCGAAGCGCCGUCCCCGGGGCGCGCAGAGCUCUGUCUGCACCCUGCUGUCCCUGGGGGCAAAGGAAGAGUGGCUGAAAGCGGGAAGGUGAGGCGGAGGUGGAAGGAGGUGGGGGCUCUACGAGUGCUGGCGCUUUCCCGCUGUCAGGCUUUGGCAGGAGCAUCCUGCUGGCCAGGGUGGCAGGUUUAUUCAACAGCCAGUGUCAGCAGAGAUCAGAACAGCCACACGUGGCUAUGGCUGAGCAUUUCCCUAAAGAAAUCUGGUGAUUAUUGUAUUUAUCACUUGUCAUAGUGCCUUCUGAUGGCACUGCUAGACCUGGCUAGUUCCGUGCGUGUUGUAGUGGGUUUUAUCUACUGCAAUCCCCAACCUCCCCAAAAAAACCCCAAGAAACAACCCCCAAAAAGUAAAACAGAAGAAAUAAAAAUCCAACACAAAACAUUUUAAGUGAUUUGUAACAGAUUUAUCUUGGCUAUUAAUAAGAAAGCCUCCACUAAAAGAUCCUUUGCCUACAUACAACCGAGUAGAGGAGCGGAGUUGUUACCCCAGUGUUGAGGCUUGCGUUCACACUGUUUAACUCUUGAUUUAGCUGCCCUGUGUAGGGGAUGGGACAGAGUCCUUCCUAUCGUGCAGGGGUGACAAACAGCGUCCUUAAAACUGCGUUGUGGAAGGAGCUGAGUGGUGACUCCGGUGACUCCAACGUGUGGUGAUGAUAAGAUGCCAUCAUUUUGUGGUGCUGCACAGCAUUACGGUUGGUCUUCCGUGCAUCUUGCAAUACCAUGUAUACACUUGUAGGGCAGCAGCUGAGGCACGUUCAUAGGAGGGUCCUCGCUAUAACUCAGGCUGCUUAUUUUAAAAAUAUAUUUGUUUCUGCUAUUGGACCAAUGAGCUGUUGAGAAAUACAGCGGUGAAUGUGGUCUGCUUGGCUAGAAAAAUAUAACACGCUAUGGCCGUGGAGCUUCAGGCAUGGCCCCUGUGCCUUCCCUGGUAGAAUGUACAGUGAAAGCCAGGUUUCUAACCACGUGCGCUUGUCUUCUUGGCUACAAGAAAAAUUAACCUGAAGAAUGUAAAGGAGGUGCUUUGCCAUCGUUUAACUGCUUAGGUAGAUAUACUCAAGUUCCCAAAAUGUAGCUGGGAGUUUUGUCUGAGGAGCGGGAGGCUGAAAGAGCUGCACGAUUUUAAAGCCAGGUCGGUAGUCUCUAGAAGAAAUGCAGGCAGAAAUUCUAACCAUUUUUAGAUUUGCCCAGGCUACGGACAGACUGUUUUAAAUCAGUCUGUGAGGUCUUUACAUGUGCAUGCAAACAGCUUCAACCAGUGUUUCAACAGGGCACGUGCCCCUUGGUGAGCACUGGACUCAGGCCACCAAAGCCACAGGGUCCCAUCCUUAGUCUUCCUCCCUCCCACACACCGCAGAAGCACUGCCAUCAGGCUUUAAAACACCUUUAAAAUAUCUUCUGUUACAAGUGCUUUAUGUUGUACAGCUGCGUGGCAGAGCUGAAGCCCCGUGGAGGUGCCACAUCACAGCGGAUGGGACCAAAAUUGGGAAAAAACUUGGCAGCAAGCUGUUUUAAGCUGUUGGGGUGGAAUCAGUUGGUCCUAAGAAAGGCACAGUUUGACAGGUACAUUCAUGCAGUUUUACGUGUAAAAUUUCUGUUCUGAAUCACAGCUAUUUUAUGCUAUGAAGAUUUUAUAAGUUAUAUAUAAAUGCUUGGAUUAAGAAAGUAUGUGCACAGGUAUUUUUUUAUAGUAUUCACCUGCAUGUGAUUCAUGCAAUAAAUGCAAACUGUAUUUGGUUCAAAUGUAAAAAUAAACCUAUUUUGCAAUACCUGCUGUUGCUCUGUUCAUUUUGCACCCUCUGUUGCUACUUGUAAAUGAUUGAUACAAGGGGAAUGAGUCACAGUUUAAAAAGCUUCCCAGAUGCAACCGCCCACCUCUCUUCCCAAGCUGGCCCGCUUGCAGCCCAGUGUCCCCUGCUCAGUCUAGCUGCGAGCUUCGGCUCCUUUGGGCUUAGCAACAACAACCUACUUUUUUAAAAACAUUAAAAAAAAAAAAAAAAGACUACUGAGCUACUCACAACUAUUUGUUACGUCCUUUGCAAAUGGAAAUGCAUGAAUUGCCGUGUCAUUAGUUAUGGGGGACACUUGGGUGCCUGUAAUCUUCACCUGCAAUAUCUAAUAGACUAAAGAGUUAAUUGAAAGCUAAAUUGGAUUUUAAAUUAAUAUAUGCAAUUGUGGCAUGACAUCCCAUAAACCACAGAAUAUUUCAUGUUUAUUGAGGAGCCUAACAGGGUUAUGUCAGCAAGGAUGUGUAUUUGAAACCGGCUGGGACCAUGUCCUCCCCUCAGCACCAUGCCCUGCCUGGAGGUGGUGUGCCCCUGGGCCCCCAAGUGCCCACAGCUGAUGGGGGUGAGCCCCGAUUGCUGCAGCAUCCCUGGGCUGCUGGGACCACGUGAGGCUUUCAGCUGGGCUUUGGGCUGAGGUUUUGCUUGUGGGAAGCUCGCAGAACUGCAGCCAUUCCUGCAGGGCCAGGCUUGAAGAGGCAAGUGGUCUGACAAGGUAAGACACGACACCCCUUCCAUAUUUCAUUAGCCUGAAGCACCAGGUCCUUGCUGCAAAUCCGUGUGUGUCUUUGCUGUCUUUGGAAAUGCUCCCCACCGCUUCAUCCCCGCAGUCAUGCAAUGCUCCCUACCUCUGCAUCUGCAGCAUGAUGGUAGAAAAUGAGGUUUUGUGGCCGGUUUGUUGGUUAUGUUCUGUACUCAGUAGCAUAAAGGUAUCAGCUGAAUCCUCUUGUGUAUGUGGUACGAGUUUUAGAGUAAGACACUGCCUUUGAUGUGAGCAGGGUAGGAGAUAACUUCCAGGUAUGGAGCAUCAGCCUAGGAGCCCGGGCUGUUGACUUCUCAGUGCUGAACGGUACGUCCUGGUCCAGCCCUGCAGCUCUCCAUCCUGUGGCUUUCUUCAGCCGGACGGGCGGUACCAAGACAGGCUUCCUAGGUGUGCCUUUGUUCUGCUGUCAGGAGGGAUGCAGCUUGUAUCUCGCCCUGAGCUUAGUCCGCUCUGUCCUGCCUUGAGGCUGCCUUCUGCUGCGCUCACUCUGCAAACCGCUUCCUGGACACGUGGCCGAUCCAGGCUUCUCCUGUCGCAGGGCAUCUCUGUGUGCCAGUCCCCCAGCGCCGAACCAGCUACUCUGGCAGCAGCCAAAUGUUAUUGCACCCCUUGGCAGGUAUUAAAAACCAACCUAACAGUAAUUGUCAUGACCACAGUGUCCUAAUCCACCCAAGUUUCUGUGUAAAACUACAAGUUAGCUUGCACCUUGCUUUUCUGGAUACAGGUGAUUUAAUUCAGGGGAUGGAGGAAAGAAAAUGGUCUGUUUCAGCUUUAACCCUUCUAAUGUGUGCUGCAAGUAGAAAUUCGGGAACAUGGGUACGUCUCUGAGCAGGGUGGAAGUGCAGCUUGCUACAGGUGGGAUAUUGCACAUUUGCUAAAACAUGUAAAGCAUGACCCUCGUUUGCUCCCACCGAGCUCCUGCUCCCGUCGGAGCGCAUCGCUUCCUGCUGUCUGCGGGACUGUGCUCACUGCUCAGCCUGCAGCAACCGCCACCCCGCUCGCCCUCCCUCAGCCCGGCUCAGUUUCAAGGUUGCUGGGCGGUCAGAGGUGUCGUGUGUGCCCGAGGCCGUGAUCCCCACGGCAGCCUUCCAGCAGCGCCUGUUGCUUUUGCCCGGGCUAUUCCAUACUCGCCUGUGAAACCCAGAAGGGUUUGAAUUGGGAGCAGGUACACCACCAGCCCGGAGAUGGGAAGAGUCCCACGUGCUGCUUUUACACCAACGCUCUCGCUCAGCAGCCACAGUGACUUGCCAGUGCGGAGCCCUGCGGCGGGGAGCUGGAGCCAGGCUGUCGCAGGGGUUCUGCUGUUUGGAAAAGCACCUUUGCAGCACCAAAGCGCAGCAAGGACAAACCCAGGAGUUGGUACUCCUGUCCAGCUGAACGGCACCCAGC